AAAGUGAUAUCGGCUCAGUUUGUCGUCGAUCGUUUUUCGUACGUUUAAACACGGUUUGUUUUUAAAUUCAACUUCGUUCUUGUGUACGUGGAUCCGAAGAUAUGUGUGGAAUUUUUGGUUAUAUUAAUUAUUUGACUCCAAGGAGCAGAAAGGAGAUUCUUGAGCUUUUGGUGAACGGUUUAAAAAGAUUGGAAUAUCGUGGAUAUGACUCAGCGGGCGUUGCCAUUGAUUCUCCAGAUAAAACCAUGACCCUCAUUAAAAAGACCGGGAAAGUCGCUUUACUCGAAGAAGAAAUUAAUAAGCUAAAAGAAUCUGAAGUAGACAUGGAUGAUAAAAUUGAUACUCAUUGUGGAAUUGCACAUACUCGUUGGGCUACUCACGGCGUUCCAAGUGAAAUUAAUUGCCACCCUCAACGUUCCGAUGAAGAAAACGCAUUUUUGGUGGUUCACAACGGCAUCAUCACCAAUUACAAAGAAGUCAAAGUGUUCCUCCAAAACAAAGGAUUCUGUUUUGAAAGCGACACAGACACCGAAAUUAUCGCCAAAUUAAUUCUUCACUUUUACAACAUUCACCCGAAUUAUUCAUUUAGAGAACUCGUCGAACAAGUUGUUCAACAAAUGGAAGGAGCGUUCGCUUUGUGUUUUAAAUCAAAACAUUUCCCGGGUGAAUGUGUUGCAACUCGUCGAGGAUCACCCCUUUUGGUGGGAAUUAAGACCAAGAAUCGUUUAUCGACCGAUUACGUCCCGAUUUUGUAUAGCAAGGAUGAAACCUCUCAGAAAAAAGACGAACCGAUCUCAAAAGUAUACGAAGUGAUUGAAUCAGAAGAAUCCGACAACACUCAUUCAGAUCACCGCCCCCACGGCCGCGGAGAUAUGCCAUUAUUACCCCGCACCGAAUCCACAUCCGAAUUUCAACCAUUAGAAGACAACGAAGUUGAGUAUUUCUUCGCCUCCGACGCUUCCGCCGUCAUCGAACACACAAAUCGUGUGAUUUAUUUCGAAGAUGACGAUGUAGCCGCCGUUAAAGACGGGGCUUUAAGCAUUCAUCGCUUGAGAAGAUCAUUGGAUGAUCCUCAUUCCCGCGAGAUUACCACCUUAAAAAUAGAACUCCAACAAAUUAUGAAAGGCAAUUACAGCCAUUUUAUGCAAAAAGAAAUUUUCGAACAACCCGAAUCUGUUGUUAAUACUAUGAGGGGAAGAGUUAAUUUUGAAAAUCACACUGUAACCCUUGGUGGUAUAAAAGAUUACGUUCAAGAGAUAAAAAGGUGCCGCAGAUUAAUGUUAAUCGGUUGCGGUACAAGUUACCAUAGCGCAAUCGCUACCAGACAACUUUUAGAAGAACUCACCGAACUCCCUGUGAUGGUCGAAUUGGCGAGCGACUUUUUAGAUCGCACCACUCCAGUUUUUAGAGACGACGUUUGCUUCUUUAUUUCGCAAUCGGGCGAAACUGCCGACACCUUAAUGGCUUUGCGUUAUUGCAAAUCCCGCGGGGCUUUAAUCGUCGGGAUCACAAACACCGUGGGGAGCUCGAUUUGUCGCGAAUCCCAUUGCGGAGUUCACAUUAACGCCGGACCGGAAAUUGGAGUCGCUUCAACAAAAGCUUACACAAGCCAAUUUAUUUCUUUGGUCAUGUUCGCUUUGGUUAUGUCCGAGGAUCGUAAUUCUUUAGCGAAGAGAAGACGUGAAAUUAUCGAAGGAUUACAAAUUAUUGACGAGCAAAUUCGCACGGUUUUACAGUUGGAUAAGGAGGUUGAAGAAUUGGCCAAGGAUUUGUAUCAACAGAAAUCACUUUUAAUUAUGGGGCGUGGAUUUAAUUUCGCAACUUGUUUGGAAGGUGCCUUGAAAGUAAAAGAAUUAACUUACAUGCACAGUGAAGGAAUCAUGGCUGGCGAAUUAAAACAUGGACCAUUGGCUUUAAUUGAUAACCAAAUGCCGAUUUUAAUGAUUGUUAUGAGAGAUCCGGUUUAUAUUAAAUGCAUGAAUGCUCUACAACAGGUAACUGCCCGUGAAGGAAGACCAAUAAUAAUUUGCGAACAAGGUGAUGAUGAAACGGCAAAAUUCGCGUACAGAUCUCUUCAAAUCCCUCACGCAGUUGACGCAUUGCAAGGUAUUUUAACGGUUAUCCCAAUGCAACUGUUGAGUUACCACAUUGCCAUGCUCAGAGGUUGCAAUGUUGAUUGUCCAAGAAAUUUAGCAAAGAGCGUAACCGUUGAGUAAAAAAAAAAAACAAAUUUUUGUUUCUACGCUGGAGUUUGCAUUCUUUUUCUAUUCCGCAUACAUCCGUAUUUAAUCCAUUUUAUAAUAGGAUAUAAAGCUUUUUUUGUAAGUCUACUUUUCUUUCGGUUGAUGGAUGAUAUCUUUUUUUUUAAUUAGUUCUAUGCUAGAUGAGAGUAUAGAGGUUAAGUGAAAGAAUUUUUGAUAAGUGAAAAAGUUUAAUCGCCUCAUAUUUUUUUUAUUUGAUAACAGUAUUCUUUUUCUAUACCUUCUUUUAUAAAUUAUUUUUGAACGUUUUGUUAUUUGAGAAGACAAAAAAAAUAUGGGGGAAAUAUAAAAUAUUAUAUUACGGUCUACACACGAGAUUUUAUAUCUACUUAUUCCUUCGUUUAAUAUUUUUAAUAUAUGUCAUGUUUUUUUUCUUUUUUUUGAUCUUAUGAAUGUUUUUGUAUCUCCAAAAUUUUAUAUAGAUUUUUUUUUUAUUUAAGAUAUAUUUUGUAAAGAGAAAAAAUAUUGUAUUGUUCCUAUGUUUUUGAAAAAAAUAUGUAUAAAUAAAAUUUUUAUUGUUACC